AUGUCAUUCAAAGUUCCAUACGACUUCGAGUCGGGGCCGCCAUCGACACCAGACAAGGUGAAGGGCCAGAGCCUCUGGAGCAACAUCUCUACGACACCCGCCGGCCCGCCACCCUCGAGCACAAAAUCGUUCACCCCCCAAGGCCACCCGCAAUCCACGGCCCAUAAUACCUCUCAGUUCGGUCAAUCGAGAAACGAGAACAGAGACUCCCUCUUCACCAAAUCCGGCGGCUUCAACACCAAUGACAGCAUCUUCGGGUCCUCGUUUGGGUCAACUGACUAUGCCAUGCCCAAGAAAACCCAGCCGAAGGCCAACACUUUCACGUCACAGUCUCGCUUCACUUCCGCGACGAACGGGAGUGCAUUCACCCACUCGGCCAACUUCAGCCAGUCAAACGGGUUCGCGUCGUCCAAGCUGAGCGAGUACCACGAGGAAUACGACGACGAAGCGGAAAUGGAGCCCGAGGAGGAAGAUGCGCAGGGUGAUAUGGAUACCAGCAUCCGUGAGCCCUCCAACCACCUCAGCUUCUUAGAUUCAACAUUUGGAAAGCCAUUUUCGACACAGCCGCUACCUACCCAGCAACCGACUCAGAAGACCCAGGCCCCGACCCAGCCACUGCAGCCGUCAUUCCUGUUUGGCCAACAGCGCAAGCCCAUCUAUUCAAACCCUGUCGAUGCCAAACGCCCGAGGCUGGAUGAAAAAUGGGCAAAUCAGUCACCUCUGCGCAAGACGAAACUAUCCCCCAAGAAGGCUUCGGCCAUGCCCUCGAUCUUACACAACCUCGCUUCUAGAACACGAGUUCCCCCGCCGGUCAACGAGCCUGCUGAUAUGAUCAUCAACACGGAGGAUACAUUGGGUCGCCUGUGGGACGAGAUUCGAGAUGGUCAGUACGGACACCUUGAUCUUGACUCAAUCCUGUCCUAUACUGCCAACAAGCUGGCUGCAACCUGGGAUAUAUGUGCAGACCGCAGUGGUAUCACUCGCCCCUACGGUUUUGGGUCUAAGAUUGGCCCGGGAGAGCAGGCUCCUAACCUAGUGAAGGCGAGCUUCCUUGCCUCUCUACUGCUGCAAAUCCACCAUCCUUCUCGGGCCUCUGCCCCGAUCGCUAGCGCCUCCAACCCUAUGGCCCGUGGCGCACCAAACAGUAUGGUCAAGGCUAUGCAGCGAGCCAGUGUUGCGACUCCAUUGCCCCAGAUCCUCCUAGACUGGCUGAACGGAAAUCACGCAUCCCAAACAAAUGACCUCCAGGCUUUGCGGCAUGUGGAACCGAACCCAACUGCAUCCUCUAAUUUCUGGGACAUUAUAAAUGCUGCUGUUCUACGUGGUCGAUUUGCAGAGGCCGCCGAAAUUCUACGCUCAGCUGAUUUCAACUACGCUCGGUCAGCCCUGGAGGACGGCCUGCCCCAGCCAGGCUAUCGCGGUGUUCAACUGCAGAACAUUCAGCGCUGCGUGAACAGAGCGUUGCAACUUCUGGACUUCUGCCCUGGGUUCCAGGACGAUGACUGGAACAUCACGGGACCAGACUGGACCCAGUAUCGGAAACGGGUUCUUGCCGCGGUCAGUGAUCUUGAAGAGUUUGCCGAGGGCAACGAGAAAGAUCAAGCCGAUGUUCCUGUUCAGGAGAACAAAUUUCAGGCCGUCAACUUUGGGGUUUUCAACACAAAUCCGGUCAGCUUCACACAGUCCGCGCGUAUGGCUGAAAGCCGAGUGCCAUGGAGUAUCUACCAAAACAUUCGAUCAUUGUACCGAAUCAUUCUUGGCGACACCGCCACAAUUAAGGCCUACUCGCGAGACUGGGUAGAGGCCACCAUUGGACUAACUGCUUGGUGGGAUGGCGAGGAUGACGAUGGCGCCCCGAAUCUUGAUCUCCGCGCAAGCACAUCUAGCAAUGACCUCCAGCGCUCCCGCGGAUCCCGAAAUCAGCUUCGGGCCGUGGACCGUAACACAAGGGACGCGUACCUCCGGCGCCUGGAUUUGGCGUUUAGCAGCGCCACCAAUGAGCCUUCCGAUGAUACAGGCUUCCGGGUGAACACUAUGAGCAGCCUGGAGGUUGGAUUGGCCUCUGUCUUCGAAGGCAACGUGCAGGGUACUCUGGAACUCAUACAAACUUGGUCUCUCUGUGUGGCGGCUGGUGUCACCGAGGUUGCCUGUCUCGGUGGAUGGUUUGAGGCGGGCGGCUCCAAGAAGAUGCCGGGUCUGAGCGAGCAUGACUUGAUGGUGCUUUCGUAUGGACAAGAUCAUCUGCCACCGGUUGAAGGUCUCCACAAGGAUGAUAUCCUCCGUAGCUAUGCAUUUGGGUUGAAUGAUCGUGGCUCCAUCGAAAAUGAGACUGGUGCUCGUCAAGGUUGGGAAAUGGCAUUGGAAGUCCUCACUCGAGUAGAUGACUCGGAGAUGAUGAAAAAGGCAGUGUCAGAGGUCGUGAGUCGUCUGCCACUGGAAGACCUUGCCCAAUUGGACCGGCUGGUGAUGCUCCUCUCUGAUUUGGGCUUGGAGGAGGAAGGCCGGCGGGUUUCUGAGCGAUUUGGUGAUCAGAUCACUUCCAAGUCUGACGAUUCCGAGGCCUCGGAAUUCGGCCUUGCUCUCAUUUGCUAUGCCCGUGCCCGCAACCAGCGCAAGGUCAAGUCCGUCGUAGAUUUGUUGAUUUCUUACAGUUUGGUGCAGUCACGUGCCUUCCCGGAUGCCGCUGAUUUGGACGGUCAGCUUUGGUCAUUGAUCAAAGACCCCAAGGUCUGCCUGUCUUCUAUUGCCUCGGUCGACGAGGAGGCUGCCCGUAUUCUGCAGUUCCACAUCAGUGGGUAUGCCACAUUGCGCCGAUUCUAUGAAAUCCGAGAUGAGGCUGUGGAGUUGCAGGACGGCGAGCGACCUAGAUUCAAGCCGCUGGCCCGACGACGCAUGGCCGCCAAGGCUCUUACGGCCGUCAUCAGCAGUGCGGCCGACAAUAUCUAUGGUGGACUUUACGACCCUACUCGUGACUCUGCCGUGCAGGUGGAUGGAUUGCUGGCUCUUCUUGGAGAGGCCUUGGUAUUUGUGAAUCAACCAACUCCAAUCCUAUCGGUCUCUCAACAAUUCGCCAUUCUGUCCGCGAUUGAGGAUCUUGAGACAGUGACUCCUCGGGUCUUCGCGCAGUGUGAGGAAUGCUUCCGAUCCACGUUAUUGGAGCAUUACUCUGCUGGGCGCAACUCUAAUGAAUUCUCACCACCUUCUCCCCGUGCACUAUUGAAGAAAUCAGUGUCGGCGCUGUCGGCCUCAACUUUCUCUCUCAUUGGGAAUGAUAUACGCGAGUCAGCUCGUAACGGCGGCCCAGCCUCGGUGGGUAGCUCAGGCGUCCUUGUGCCUCAUCCGAGCGACAAGGAUUCAGGCCGAGCCCGAGGAUGGGACUGGCGAGUAGGACUCCCUGAAUCUACAAAGGGCGAGGAUGUACUCCGGAUGUUACGAACGGGGUUGGCACGUGGUUUGAGUUAUGGCGCAUUGGGGUCGGUUUAG